AUGGCAAACAAUAAUGAUAAGCAGGAGAUUAAAGAGGAUAACAAACGAGAAGGAAAUAAUACAAGAAGUAAUGGAAGAAGAAGAAUCCCAAUUGCUACAAUCACUGAUCCAACAAAAAAACAUGUAACAUUCUCGAAACGACGAGUAGGACUCUUCAAGAAAGCGAGCGAGCUAUGUGCAUUAUGCGGCGUGCAUAUGGCCGUUGUGACUUUCUCCGAAAGAGGCAAGCUCUUUUGCUUCGGUCACCCCAGCUUAGACGAUAUUAUGAACCGUUACAUCAGUUAUCAAUCUUGUUUUAUAAAAGAACAAGAUGGGUAUGAAUUGGUCGACGAGCAAAAUAGGCAGCACAAGGAGAUCAGAAAGAGGAUCGAUGAAGAAAAGAAGUUAUCCGAUCAUUAUAUUGAAAACCCGGAAACAUAUGAACAAGACAAGGAAGUUUGUCGAUGUUGGUGGGAAGAGACUAAUAUAAAUGAAAUGGGGUUAGAUGAACUUGAAGAGUUUCAAGCUUGUCUUAUGGAGCUUAGGACAAAUGUCGUAGCGAAAGUUGAUCAGUUAUCACAGAUGUCUUUGAUCAACCCGACAAACAAUCGUAGUAAUCUAGAUUGUACUCCUUCGAGCUCUACUACAAUUUUGAAUACAAACUACUACAACAAUGGUUAUGGUUUUGAUAAUCUCGAACUAGGAAUGAUCCAGAAGGAUAAUAAGUUUACGGAUGAAAUUAAGUUAGAAGAUAGUCGAUAUAAUACCCGUUUUAUGUUUGAACAUGGGCAUCUCUAA